AAUGUGUGAGUCGGUGUUUAUUUUAAGUAUUAUCCUCCUCAUUGGUGGAUCCUUGGGCGAGUCCCAGGACACACGGUCUACGGCGUGCGAGGUUCAGGAUCCACCCAAACAAUGUAGCGAGUUCUGUCUGUUACUUUUGAAGCCAUUGGCGAACCACAUUAGUUACCAUCAAGAGGAGUGGAAUAAGUGCAAUACCAUCAACAAUCAGACUCAAGUGGCUUUGGGCACAAUGAUGGACAAGCAGACAACCCUGCAGGUCGGACUAACUAGAAUUGAAGAGAAGGAGUCAGAUAUAGAGACGAAGGUAGCAGCUCUGGAAAAUAUAAUAUCCGAAAAACUCCAGGAGAUAGUCAACGCUACGAAAAGUCUUCAAAAUAAAAUGGAGGAACAUUUUUCCAAAAUUGAGAACUCAUUACUAAAAAUAAAAUUCCAAAGCUCAGGUUCAAAACACUUUUAUAUUGAAAAAAAUAUGCUGGUGGAUUGGAAAACAGCUGAAAGUAAAUGUCGGGAGAUGGGCGGACAACUGGCAUCCAUUGAAAACGAUGACGAAUUGGACCUCAUUAUUAAAGAUCUCAAGGCCGACACCAGCUACUGGAUUGACAUAAAUGAUAUACAAGACGAAGGAAAGUUCAUUUCAUCCGUUACUGGAAAAUCCCCUACUUAUUUUAAAUGGCAUUCGAAACAACCCGUUAUGGAGCCAAAUAAUGAACAAGAUUGUGUUUUUAUUUAUAAUAAAAAAAUGCAAGAUUAUGAUUGCAAUGAUAACAGCCACUUUAUUUGUCAAAAUACAAAUUAAAUGCAGAUAAAAAAUAUAUUUUCAAGUUUUUACUAAUAUAUUUUAAAAUCACAUAUUAUGUACUUUUAAUCAUUUUGUAACUUUGUAGCAAGCGCUUUGUUAAAAAAAUAAAUUAAAUUUUCUUCAUA